AUGUUGAUAAAUUCCGCCUUUGGUCGCACGUUCCUCUUUCUCACUAAUCUCGCGUGGAAGAAUCGUGUCGCACUGCCAGCCCUCAUCAUGGUGGGGUGUAUGGUGUUGAACUACCGGGGCGAGAUCGAGAUUAACAUCCACACGGAGCGGAUCGCGCUACACGAUCUGCCCAACCUUCAGCAGCAACAACAGCAUCAGGCCGGUGCGUUCGGUGGCAUUGCGAUCGACCAUCUGGAGGACUUCAACGACGAUGACGAGCAGGAUGAUCACUUCGAGAGUGAUGAGGAAGAUGAUGAGGAAGAAGAUGAAGACGAGGACGACGACACGUACGACGAGGAAGAUGAUGAUGAGGACGAGCAUGGGGAACGGAUGCUGAACGGGACGAUUCGAUUAAAUUGGUACACGACACUUAAUAUUCACAAUGCCCGUUGA